AGAAUUAGCAAAAUUCAAGAGUUACGAUUAUGGUUAUCUGAAAAUGUUAACACUUUUAUUGUAGUAAAAGGCCCAAGAGGCGGAGGUAAACAUGAAAUGGUUAUUAAACAUGCCUUAAAGGAUAAAGACAAUGUAUUAUAUAUUGAUUUGGAUAAGAUAGUCAAAUCCAGAAGACCAAGACAAUUUAUAUCAAACUUUGCCGAUCAAAUUGGUUAUUUCCCAGAGUUUUCUUGGUUAAAUUCAAUAAACAAGAUGAUUGAUUUAGGUGUUCAGGGUUUUACAGGAAGUAAAAGCGGAUUAUCAGAAACAGUAGAGAACCAAUUUAAAGCGAUGCUUAACUCAACAAUGAUGGCGAUUCGAAAGAUUUCAUUAAAAAAUUAUGAUAAAACAUCAAAAAGACCAUUGGUCAAAAGCGGCAUUGGUAAUAAAAUCAAUCUAAAUAGGAAUGGGAAUAGGAGUGCGAAUGACAAUAGUUUAUCAAUGAGUUAUUUGAAAGAAGAAGAUUAUUUGCAACAGCAUCCAGAAGAAAAGCCCAUAAUUGUUAUUGAUAGAUUUUUGUCUAAAUCCGAUAACUAUUCAUUUGUUUAUAAAGAGAUAGCGGAUUGGGCAGCCCUAUUAGUUUCAAUGAACCUUGCACAAGUUAUAUUUUUAACCGAGGAUGUUAGCAGUUUACAAUUACUAGCAGAUUCAUUACCAAAUCAAGUGUUUAAGGUUUCGACUUUAGAAGAUGCGUCAACCGAUUCUUCAAGAGAGUAUGUUUUGAAUCAAUUAAUGAAUGGCAGCAGUUCCAAACAUGUUGAUGAUAUUCGUAAUAACGGUAUUAAUACAGGUAUCAACAAUAAAAAAUUUGAGAGUGGAUUUGGAAUACCAAGAUAUCAGUUGAUUGAAUUAGAUGAUGCGUUAGGACCUAUCGGUGGUAGAAUGUUAGAUUUACAAGCAUUUGUAAGAAGAGUAAAGUCUGGAGAAUUACCCAAACAAGCAUUGGAUGAAAUGAUCAAACAGACUGCUGAACAAGUGACACAAAUUUUUAUAAUACGGAAUAACAAUUUACUUGAGUCAGCUCAAGCAUGGAAUAUAAUCAAAUUAUUAUCGGAAGAAGAGGCUAUCCCUUAUUCUAAGGUCUAUCACUUGCCAUUAUUCAAGAGCAACUCAAUUGAGGUUUUAUCCAAGUUGGAAAGAGAGAAUUUGAUCCGAAUAGUCAAAGAUAGGGGUGUUAUUGAUAAGAUUAAACCGGGAAAACCAUUAUUGAGAGCAGCCUUCAACAACAUUGUGAACGACCAAAAAAUAUAUAAUGUGUUGGAAACCUCCUAUUUGACCAAUUUAAUCAAAUUCGAGGUGAACAGAAUCAAAACAUGGGAAGAUGAGAUCAAAGGAUUGGGGUAUGCAGUUAACAACAAGGAAUUCAAGACAAGAGUAAGCCAUUUGGCCAACAAGAUCUCUGAAAGCACCAAAGUCAUUGAAAGCAGCGAAGCAGAGAUUAAAAGUCUUUCCAAAAAACGCUGAGGCACAUCAAAUGAUGGUCUACGUAUAUAUAUAGUUUUCACAACACAAUAGCAUUGCUUUUCCAAGCACUUCGAAAGGCAAAUCUUUUUCUGUAUCCGGGGGCCGGGAAGCAGAAACAGCUGGAGAAGCAACAUGCCCGGCCUUAACUAUAGGAAGCAUCUGUCGGCCUUAACUACUGUCGCCUGCAAGCUUCAAAUGCAACAAAAGAAAAAGAAGCGAGAGAGUAAGAAGCAGAGGAAGCAGGAGAAACAGAGGAAACAGAGGAAACACAAACAGU